AUGGUUCCCAAAAAUGUUGUCCUUCCCAUCUACAUCUUUGCCUUUGUGAUUGGCUUCCCAUCCAAUCUUCUGGCCUGCUACUCGUUCCUGAGGAAAGUGCGCCAGAAGCCCAUAGACAUCCUCUUGCUCAACUUGACCAUCUCUGACCUUUUCCUUCUGAUCUUUCUGCCCUUCAAGAUGGUUGAAGCUGCCAAUGACAUGACAUGGCCUCUCCCUGCAUUCCUUUGCCCCUUGACCAACUUCUUUUUCUACAGCAGCACCUACAUCAGCACCCUCUUCCUCAUGGGGGUCAGCGUGGAACGCUACCUGUGCAUCGCCUAUCCUAUCAAGCACAAGUUUUACUGUAGGCCAACUUAUGCCAAAGUGGCCAGCCUCGUUUUCUGGUUGCUAGCCUCUUCGCACUGUGCCAGCAUUAUUUACAUUGUUGAAUAUGGUAAUGGGACCCAGUGGAAUCCUAACAACAACUACACGUGCUACAAGAAAUUCACCAAAAUCCAGCUCAAGAUCCUCCUCCCUUUCCGACUGGAAUUCAGCCUUGUCCUCUUCUGCCUCCCAUUCAUCAUCACCCUUUUCUGCUAUAUCAACAUUAUCCGCAUCAUGACCUCUAUGCCCAACAUCAAGCCUCAUAAGAAGCAACGGGCCGUGGGCCUCGCCGUGGCCACUAUACUGAAUUUUGCCAUCGCCUUUGGUCCCUACAAUAUUUCCCACAUUGUGGGCUUCAUUCGGAAGAAAAGCCCUCCCUGGAGACAUGUGACCUUCUUCCUCACCUCUCUCAACACCACCUUGGAUCCCGUCAUCUUCUUCUUCUCUUCUGCCACCAUUCGCCAGGCCAUUUCUGACCGUUGGCUCACCCUGCAUUACAAACGCCCAGCAGUUCCAUCACCAUGCAGUCUGAUUUGCUGCAAGAUUUCUGGAGACAAAUAUGAAGAAUCUGUCGCUGGUCAAUUAUCUGAUUCAGUUCUCCCCAGUAUUCUGGCAGGGUCUCGCAACCCCAAUCCUUCUACAUCUCAGCAAACAUCGGAGAUCUGA